AUAUAUACUCGUCGCUACUUCUGGCAGUCUCAUCCAAAAACUUGUCAGCUACAUCUGCAACUGACGCUCAAUUUCUCAGCUUACUUCACUCGAAUCAACUCACCAAUCACUCAACCGAUCAAUCCUCCAUCGCCAUGAUGAAGUUCGGUCCAUCGUCCCGCUCCAGCUCAAGCAACAGCUCUUCUUCGCCCGACAGAGAUCCCGGCACCAAGCGGGAAUCCGCCUUCGGGAGGCUGCGCCGCAGGCUGUCCCCGAGAAGGAGGAGCAGUGCUGCCGACCAAAGCGCUGCCCCCGUCGUAGAAAUCGCUGCCGAGGACUGCGGGAAGUCCGGCGAGCUCCGGCGGGUGUUCGACUACUUCGACGAGAACGGGGACGGGAAGAUAUCCCCCGCGGAGCUGCGGAGCUGCGUGAGUAGCCUGGGCGGGGACCUGUCGAGCGAGGAGGCGGAGAUGGCGGUGCGGGCGUCGGACCUCGACGGGGACGGGAUGCUGGGGUUCGAGGAGUUCCAGAGGCUGGUGGAGAGCGGCGGGGAGGAGGAGAAGAGGAAGGACCUGGAGGAGGCGUUCGGGAUGUACGAGAUGGAGGGGUCCGGGUGCAUCACGGCCGGCAGCCUGCGGCGGAUGCUGAGCCGGCUGGGGGAGGCGAGGUCCGUGGAGGACUGCAAGGCCAUGAUCAGGGCGUUCGACCUCAACGGCGACGGCGUGCUCAGCUUCGACGAGUUCAGCGUCAUGAUGCACUGAUUCCCCGCCGCGUUCCACCGACCGUUGAAAUCAUUCUUUGCUUCUUUUUUUCUUGGAAAUCUUCAUUCAUUCGGCAGCACGAUACAGUUGUAAAUUCAGCGGUGAAUAAUUGGACGAUUUAUGUCGCAAUUGUACGGCGUCGCCUCUUCUCGACUGGCAUCCAGCGAGACGCGCAUUGGUUGUAUCAUCUGAUUCGAUUUCAGACGGAGAUCCUCCGCAUUUUCGUUGAUUAUUUUAGAGCGCAUCCAUUCAAGAAAAGCUCGAAAUUUAAA